ACCGGAAGGGAGGCGGGGCGGCGGCGGCGCGCGCCCCCGGAACGUGCGCACCGCCGGCGGCGCGGGUCGCUGGGAGCCGGUCCGCCUCCUGAACGCGAGCCGCUGGGUGCGAGCGGAGGCCGUCACCAUGAACACGGUGCUGUCACGGGCCAACUCGCUGUUCGCCUUCUCGCUGAGCGUGAUGGCGGCGCUCACCUUCGGCUGCUUCAUCACCACCGCCUUCAAAGACAGGAGCGUCCCGGUGCGGCUCCACGUCUCGCGGAUCAUGCUAAAAAACGUGGAAGACUUCACUGGACCUAGAGAAAGAAGUGAUCUGGGAUUCAUUACAUUUGAUAUAACUGCUGAUCUUGAGAACAUAUUUGAUUGGAAUGUUAAGCAGUUAUUUCUUUACUUAUCAGCUGAGUAUUCAACAAAAAAUAAUGCUCUGAACCAAGUUGUCCUCUGGGACAAGAUUGUUCUGCGAGGUGAUAACCCGAAGCUGCUGCUGAAAGACAUGAAAACAAAGUAUUUUUUCUUUGAUGAUGGAAAUGGUCUCAAGGGAAACAGGAAUGUCACUUUGACCCUGUCUUGGAAUGUCGUACCAAAUGCUGGAAUUCUACCUCUUGUGACAGGAUCAGGACAUGUGUCUGUCCCAUUUCCAGAUACAUAUGAAAUAACGAAGAGUUAUUAAAUUAUUCUGAAUUUGAAACAAAAUAUUUUUAUACUUAA